AUGGCCUCACUGCAAACUGAAGACACUCUCCCAAGCGGCCUGCGUUUCCUUACGCUCCAGCACGCUUAUGAGGUCGCUAAAUCGAGGGUAAAGGCUGAACGUGCGGGUUCAGCUUCUUUCGAUAUCGCCAGCAGAUCUGUAGUCGCCGCCGUUGCAGCUGAGGAAGCUGUUCCAGACACAAAGUCGGAAGACGACGGCACUGACACAGAGUCCAAGGAGUCUGGACUACAGCCGCUUCAUGAUGGUCACCAGAAGCUCUACUCGUACUUCCCCCCGCGGCUUGACGGCGGGAAACAGACUAUCACAGCGACCCAAACCAUCUACGCCAGUAGUGCAACAGAGAAACAAGGCCGUGAACUGAAGCCAAAGCCGACAACGAAGGAGUUCCUAGUUCAGGCGCCACAGUUCUCACUGCCAGAUGGCUCUGUACUCUCAGUCAAUCCUGCACCAGGUGGUCUCGCGACCGCAGAGACGCUACCGCACAUCAUCUUCAAUGAUCCUCAUCUGCCAUGGGAGAGGCGUAUUGAAAAAGACGACGCUACGCGACGGGGGCGCAUGCCUUGGCUCGCCCUCUUAGUCUUCAGUCAAGAUGAGCUGCAGCUCCCCAGUGAGCUUCUCCAGGGAGAAAAUUCGCCGUUUAUGGUUACAAGCUUGGCAAAGGAUGCCCAAGGAAAGCCCACAACGAUCAAACAGAGCUCUGACUUGACUAUGACUUUAUCAGGUACUGACGUUGAGGCCUUGAACAAACAAGGCUCCAUCAUCUCACCCAUUCCCCAGCCGGAUGACUCCAAAAGCAAGGCGACAGCUCUUUUCUUGAAGCCAAAGCUCUUCCAACAGCUUGUUACUACGUAUGAGCAGAAAGAAACGACUACUAACGAGGGCAAGAAGCUUGUUCUGUCAGCACCAAAAGAAGGCCAAACCGCUGCUGAUAUCUCGCGGUUCAAAUAUUUUGCUCACGUCCGCCACGUCAAAACUAUAGGCAUGACGACCUCAGCUCAGUAUAAGGACGGUCUCUUCAGUGUCAUAAUGUCGCACCGGGCAGGACCGAUCUCUGCAGACCAGAAGACGCCUGCCAUGGUGCAUCUUGUAUCGCUCGAGGGAUGGAAGAACAUGGCCUUUCCGCUCUCUUCGGCUGCGCAAUACGUCGCCAUCUCAUCGCUAUACAGCUGGACAUACACGGUGCUCCCUGCUGGCGGCAUCAGUCUCGAGGCUGAAUUUGAGAAUCUUCAGAAUGGCAUAGGCCUCCUCAGAGCACCACAGGCCUUGAUUGAUAAAAUGGAGGCAACAAAGAACGAAACCAUGAGAGCAAAGCUCGGCAAGAGGAUGAGAGAAGGAUACACGAUGCAACGCCACCGAACAAGGACAGGCGAAGUGACAAGCAGUUUUUUCAGGGCUGUCUUGAUACCUGUGGUUCCACGUGAGCCAGCAUGGACUGCCAUGUCACGAUGCGGAAGUGACCUACAGAUCCUCGACCAUGACACGGGCAUGAUGGACAUCACAUACUCGGCUGCUUGGCAGUUAGGAAAGUCGCUGGCAAUCGCUGAUGCCGCCUUCACGACAGCCCUCACGCGGUUGUGGAAUAGUCUUCAUGGGAUAUGUCUAGACGGCGCAAAGCGGGAGAUUCUCAGCGAGACGAAUGCCUACAAGAGUAGGGAGGAUGUCCUACGGUCUCUCAAGACGUCCAUCUUGACUUUAAGCGAUCUCCAGAGAGUCUCACCCCAAGAAGGACGGGAUGAACAAAGCCUCCUCCAGGAAACUCCGGUUGCUAGACGCCCAUUGACAGAAGAAGCUAGCCUGGCUAUCGAUGAUACUAUCAUGCUAGAAAAGAGCGAAAAACAAGCAAAACGGCAUAUCCGUCGCAUUGCUGGGGCUAAAGAUGAAAAUGGCAAGGAAUACCCAGAUGGCCAACGCCUCUACAAUGAGCUCAACGAAUCUGUCUCGACUGAGUGGAAAGUCAUUCUGGGCUGGAUCAUGGACCGCAUGUAUCUUUUUGGCAUACCAUCGCCAUACCUCCUUGCAGAUCCAAGCUUCUUGCCACAGGAGAGCAUCCGUUUUUUUCACGUCGAUGCCAAUUGGCUUGAUGCUUUGAUCGACGGGGCACUGAGCCUCGGCAGCCACAUGGGCGGCAAUGACGACUACAUCCGACGAAGAAUCAAAGGGGCCAUCAAUACCUAUCUUGAAACAGUCGAUAAAGCCACAGGAUACACGCCUCAAAUUCCAUCAUACGGGAUGAUUCUGAGAUCUGACUUGGUCUCUCGCUUUCCUGAUCUCAAGGUUGAGGCGCCGAUCCCGAGAGAUGCGCCUGAGGCUGGAAGGGCGCCGAUUCUCAGACAAGAGAUUAUCGGCGAAGGGCUUCUUCUAUGUCUCUUCGACAGAAUCCCAGGGAAGGACAAUGAGAUGCCAGUUCUAGCGUUCACGCAGCCGCCGCAUCAACAGACUUUUACAUUGGGCCACAGCCUCACGCCAGAUCGGCUCGACGUCAAGUAUAAGCGCACCUACACUAUCGAGAAGGACAAGUACGAUUUUACGAGCACACUGCUCGAAAGGACCACUGAGAGCCGCUACGAGUCAUCUGGCUAUCCAAUAGAAUCUGGGCCGCCACUUUUCAUGUGGGGAGCUAAAAAUGAUGCCCGGUUCCUCCUGACGAGUGUCUGGGCUCAGGAUGUUGUGGCCGUGCUUAGGGACAAGAUGCCCGAUGACUUUAUCGACACUGCCAUGACCUCAGCCGUGGCGGCGUUCCAGCUUGGCAUGCCCAUCUAUCGCUUCUGUAUCGGCGAGACGUCAAUCCUCAAGUCCCUGGAGCCUGACCCUAAACUGCCACCAAGACGAAAGGGGGUCCAGCUGCUUGGUUCCAUGCAGAGGGGAUCAGAAGUGGCAGUCCAGCAUGAGGGAGUAACCUUGACCGCGCAAGUCUUGGAUUAUCCAUUGCCUCUCAUUGCGUUGAACAGUCUCGACUCUUCGCCCCCUCCUCAUUUUCAGUUCACGCCCUCGCUGCUGCAAACACCCUUCGCUGCGAGUAUAGCGCAAACGCUGCCAAGGGCCGAGACAGGGGCCGCAACCGAGGGCGCAACAGGGGCCAGGUUUGCGUACGCCGUCCACGCCAUCGGCGUGCCGUCCGGGCCGCUUCAGACGGGCCAAGGGCCACUGGACCUGAUAUUCACAAUCAAGCGGUCCGACUCUGACUUCCUCCCCAAGGACUACAAGCUUAAACGGAUCACGCUCAAGAUACCACGCGGCAAGAAGCUGGACAAUGGAACCGUCAACCUGUUGGACAGUUACCAGGGGCCCGGUCCCACGAUGCUGAGUAACCUACGCUUCAACGUAUUUGCUGAGGCAACAAAGGACACGAUGUUUCUACGGCUUCAGCCGCGCAGCAAGAAAGCUCUCGAUAAGGGUGUGCUUAUCGACCGGGUCCGGGAAUGCGGCUUCAUACUGCCACUCGUCAAUGUCCACAACUUUAAUCGGAAGGUGACGGUAAACUACAUUGAGGAAUGGGCAAAGCCGGCCUUGACUAUACCACGCGACUUCACCAUCCAGCUGAAGCCAGCAGGGAUCCCGAGUCGCUAG